AUGACUGCAGAAGAAAGUUCAUCGCAGUCGUCCGUCGAUAUUAGAGACGGCGAGAAGUCGGGUGGUCGCAUCCCUUCUACCCCAGAUGUCAGCAACUACAGCCCUGGCAUCGAUGGUGAGUCCGAACACAGACCCUACUUCGGGUUGGAAAACGAUAUCCAAGAGCAACAGCACAUUCAGAAGCUUGCUCGUACGUUGACCAACUUGUCUAUGGCCAGUAGAAACAGCUCUGGUGCGCAUAUUCCAGCAGGCUCGCACAAGGCUGAGGACCACGACAGUAUUGCGGAAGCUGCCAAGUCCAUCACCAACGAUACCUUACAAAGGAGUUUGUCAAGGGCCUCCCACACCCUAGAAGGUGGUCCAGUGGAUGUCCCAUUUGACGAAAAUGCCAGAGAGUUGGAUCCUCGUUUGGACCCUGAUUCCCCCGAAUUCGACUCCAAAUUUUGGGUCCAAACUAUGCAUCACUUGUUCAACUCCGAUCCCGAGUACUACAAACCUAUGCGUUUGGGUGUCUGUCUGAAAGACUUGAGGGUUUCCGGUGUUUCGAACGAUGCUGAUUACCAAAUCACCGUUGCUAACGUCCCAUUGAAAGUGUAUGAGAAGGUCAAGUCCUGGGUCACCAAGCGUGAUGAAUCGCGUUACUUUGACAUUUUGAAACCCAUGGACGCAUUGUUCGAACCAGGUAGAGUGUGUGUCGUGCUUGGGAGACCAGGUGCUGGUUGUUCCACUUUGUUGAAGACCGUCUCCGCUCGUACUUACGGUUUGACUGUGAGACCCGAAUCGGUGAUUUCCUAUGAUGGUAUCGAUCAAAAGACCAUCGUAAACCACUACAGAGGUGAUGUUAUUUACUCCCCGGAAAUUGACUUCCACUUCGCUAACCUAACUGUGGGUUACACUCUAGAGUUCGCUGCAAGAUGCCGUUGUCCUUCUUCAAGACCUGCUGGCAUCUCAAGAGAGCAAUAUUACAAGCAUUAUGCAGCAGUUACCAUGGCAACCUACGGUUUGUCACACACCUAUAACACUAAGGUGGGUGAUGACUACGUGAGAGGUGUGUCUGGUGGUGAACGUAAGCGUGUCUCUAUCGCUGAAGUGUCCCUAGCUGGUGCUAAGGUCCAAUGUUGGGAUAACGCUACCCGUGGUUUGGAUUCCGCUACCGCUCUAGAGUUUGUCAGAGCUUUGAAGACAAAUGCCUCCGUCACCGGUACCACUCCAUUGAUCGCCAUUUACCAAUGUUCUCAAGAUGCAUACGACCUAUUCGAUGAUGUCUUGGUCUUAUAUGAAGGUUAUGAAAUCUUCUUUGGUACAGCUGAUUCCGCCAAGGACUACUUUGUGGAUAUGGGUUGGGAAUGUCCUCCAAGACAAACGACUGCCGAUUUCUUGACAUCCAUCACUUCGCCAAGUGAAAGAAAGCCUAGACCAGGUUUCGAAAAGACUGUGCCAAGAACCGCUGAGGAGUUCUAUGACCGCUGGAGAUCUUCGCCAGAACAUGCAGAGUUGAGAAACAGAAUCGAUGCUUACUUGAACAAGCACAGCAACGGUCAAGCUGCUCAAACCAUGCACGAUCACCACACAGCUCGUCAAUCCAAGCAUUCUAAGCCUACAUCGCCUUUCUUGAUCUCAUUCGGUAUGCAAGUUAAGGCUGUCAUGGACAGAAACUGGCAGAAGAUUAAAGGUGAUCCUUCCGUGUACUGUUUCAACAUUAUUUCUAACUGUAUCAUGGCCUUGAUUAUCUCUUCUAUGUUCUACAACCAGAAAGCCAAUACCGGCUCUUUCUACUAUAGAACAUCUGCUAUGUUCACUGGUUUAUUGUUCAAUUCCUUCUCCUCAUUGUUAGAAAUUCUUGCGUUGUUUGAAGCUAGAAACAUUGUUGAAAAACAUAAGACCUAUGCUUUCUACCGUCCUUCCGCUGAUGCUUUGGCCUCCAUUAUGACUGAAAUGCCAUCUAAGUUUUUGAUUGCAGUUGGUUUCAACUUGAUCUACUACUUUAUGAUCAAUUUCAGACGUUCUGUGGGUCAUUUCUUCUUCUACUUCUUGAUCGCUCUUACUUCCAUGUUUGCUAUGUCACAUUUGUUCAGAACUGUUGGUUCUGCUUGUGUUUCCUUGCAACAGGCUAUGAUUCCAGCUUCCAUUUUGUUGUUGAUUCUAUCCAUUUAUGUUGGGUUUAUCAUUCCAAAGGGUAAUAUUCUAGGAUGGUCAAAAUGGUUGUACUACUUGAAUCCUAUCGCUAGAUCCAUGGAAGCUAUGGUUGCUAAUGAGUUUGCUGGAAGAGAGUUUGAAUGUUCACAAUUUGUGCCCUCGGGUGGUGAUUAUGACAAACUGCCUCUUCAAAACAAAAUAUGUUCUGUCGUUGGUUCUGAGCCAGGUAAAUCAAUGGUCAGUGGUACGAAGUACAUGAGAUUAUCCUUCGACUACAGGAACGGUCACAGAUGGAGAAACUGGGGUAUCGUUGUCUGCUAUGCUGCCUUCUUCCUUGGUACUUAUUUGCUAUUAAUCGAAUACAACAAGGGUGAAAUGCAAAAGGGUGAAAUGACAAUCUUCCCAAGAUCCACUUUGAAGAAGUUGAAAAAGAAGCAAGGUUUGAAGAAUGACAUUGAAUCCAAUGAUUCUCUCCUCAAAGAUGAGACUGUUGCUGACUCCCAUGAUGAGAAGAGCCACUCCUCUUCUGGUGAUGGUGCAGUGGAAGGUAUUGGUUCCGAUCAAGUCGUUUUCUGGAGAAACAUUUGUUACGACGUCCAAAUUAAGAGUGAAACUAGAAGAAUUUUGAGCAACAUUGAUGGUUGGGUCAAGCCAGGUACAUUAACUGCUUUGAUGGGUUCUUCUGGUGCAGGUAAAACUACUCUAUUGGAUACGUUAGCUAAUCGUGUUACUACCGGUGUUAUUACAGGUGAUGUGUUUGUGAAUGGUAGACCAACGGAUGAGUCUUUCCAAAGAUCUACUGGUUAUUGUCAACAACAAGAUUUACACGGCCGUACACAAACCGUCAGGGAAGCUCUUACCUUCAGUGCUUAUUUGCGUCAACCAUACAAAGUUCCAAAGAAGGAAAAAGAUGAAUAUGUUGAAAAGAUCAUUGACCUUUUGGAAAUGAGAAGCUACGCUGAUGCUCUUGUUGGUGUUACUGGUGAAGGUUUGAAUGUCGAACAAAGAAAGAGAUUAACCAUUGGUGUUGAACUUGUUGCCAAGCCAAAGUUGUUAUUGUUUUUGGAUGAACCUACCUCUGGUUUAGAUUCUCAAACUGCUUGGUCUGUGUGUCAAUUGAUGCGUAAAUUGGCUAGUCAUGGUCAAGCUAUUUUGUGUACCAUCCAUCAACCUUCGGCUAUUUUGAUGCAAGAGUUUGACCGUUUGUUGUUAUUGCAGAAGGGUGGUAGAACUGUCUACUUUGGUGAAUUGGGUAAGGGAUGCUCAAAGAUGAUUGAGUACUUCGAGUCUAAGGGUUCUGAAAAGUUCCCACCAGACUGUAAUCCUGCUGAAUUCAUGUUGCAUGUUAUUGGUGCUGCUCCUGGUUCUCACGUCACGACUGAUUAUCAUCAAGUUUGGCUGGAAUCUCAAGAAUAUCAAGACGUCCAAAAAGAAUUAGGAGAAUUGAUGAAACGUGCUAACCAACCAAUUGAGGACAAUGAUGAAGAUCUCCACAAAGAAUUUGCAACACCUUUCUGGUACCAAUUGAUGAUCAUGACCAAGAGAGUCUUGGAACAACAUUGGAGAUCACCUGGUUAUAUUGUUGCAAAGCUUUGGACUGUCGCUUUUUCUGCUAUUUUCAUUGGUUUCUCUUUCUUUAAGGCUAACAAUACUCUCCAAGGUCUACAAAACCAGAUGUUCUCAUUAUUCAUGUUGAUGAUGAUUUUCAACCCACUUGUUCAACAGAUGUUACCACAAUAUACUGACCAAAGAGAAUUAUUCGAAGUUAAGGAAAGGCCUUCUAAAACAUGUGAUUGGAAGACCUUCGUUUUGGCUCAACUUCUUGCCGAGUUACCAUGGUGUUUGGUAACUGGUUCUUUGGCUUUCUUCUGUUUCUACUAUCCUGUAGGUCUUUACAGAAACUGUCCUGACCAUUAUCAAUUACAUGAACGUGGAGCUCUCUUCUGGUUGAUUUGUGUUUCAUUUACCCUUUUCACUACAACCUUCGGGCAAGUUUGUAUUGCUGGUUUAGAAAGAAGAGAGAAUGCAGCAUUGGUUGCAAACACAUGUUUCAUGAUGUGUAUCUCCUUCUGUGGUGUUUUGGUCUCAAAAGAGCACUUACCUGGUUUCUGGAAAUUCAUGUACUACAUCUCCCCCUUCACGUAUUUGAUCGCAGCCAUGAUGGCUACUGGUAUCAGUAACACAGAGGUGAUAUGUGCAAAGAAGGAAUACUUACACUUCCCACCUCCAAAUGGUCAAACAUGUGGCAAGUAUAUGAAGGCUUAUAUGGAGAAGGCUGGUGGUUAUUUGUUGGAUGAAAACUCUACCACAGAAUGUACUUUCUGUACAAUGUCUCAAACAAACGCUUAUUUGAAGACUUUGGAUAUUCAUUACAGUCAGAAAUGGAGAAACUGGGUUAUCUUUACAUGUUACUCAAUCUUCAAUGUUUUCCUAUUCGUUCUGUUAUACUGGUUGUUCAGAGUUCCUAGAGACCAUGUUUUCUUCAAGAAGUUAGCAGGAAAGAAGGAAGAAUGGGUUGCUUCUAGAAAGAAGAAGAAGGAUGCGAAGGAUGCCGCUAAUCAAGUAUGA